GCCAGGCACUCACAUAUGGGACAAGCAACAAUUUAAUAGCUGUGCCAAAUAGCCACCCUGGGCCACUGUGGUGAUGUGAGUGAGUAAAGUUGCCACAUGUGAUGCCAGCUGUUUCAUGUCCCAGUUGCUCUGCUUCCAGUCCGGCUCCCUACUAGUGGUCUGAGAAAGCAGUCAAAGAUCCAGAUGAAGCUCCUGGCUUCAGCCUGGCCCAGCCCAGACCAUUGCAGCCAUUUAUGGUAGUGUACCAGAGGAUGGAAGAUCUCUGUCUCUCCCUCUCUCUCUAACUCUCUCAAAUAAAUGACUAAAUCUUUAAAAACAGAACGAACACCCAUCCUUAUUUUUAAAAAUGUUUAUAUUUCGCUCAACAUAAAGUAACAAGUUGUUGAUGUAGAAAUAAUGGCAUUACAAAUGAGGUGUGUAAAUAUCAAUUUGAUAUAACAUGUUGUAGAAUUGUGGCAUAGCAGGUUUAACUGCUGCUUGCAAUGCCAACAUCCCAUAUCGGAGUGUCAGCACAAGUUCUGGCUGUUCCACUUGUGGUCUAGUUCACUGCCAAUGUUCCUGGGAAGGCAAUGGAAGAUGUUCCAAGUACUUGAGCCUGUCCCACCCCUGUGGGAGACCCAGAUGGAAUUCCAGGCUCUUGGUUUUGGCCUGGCCCGGCCCUGGCUGCUGCAGCCAUUUGGGGAGUGAAUCAGCAGAUGAGAGAUCUCUCUAUCUCUGUGUAUUUCCCUCUCUGUCAGUCUGCCUUUGAAAUAAAUAAAUAAAUCUUUGUUUUUUUUAAUAAAAGUUACAAGAUUUACAACCAAAAUACUGUAUUGUGGAGCAGUGCCUAAAAAGAUAAUUAUAUGUUCCAUAUCCAAAUCACGGGGGAAUUUAUUUAAAAUUUAAAAUAAAUGUUUGGCCUAAAUAGCAACAUAAAUAUAUAAUUACUUGAAGGAAAAAAAUCUGUGUAAUUUUCUCAAGUCAGCAGGAUUUAUAAACUGGUACUAUCUACUUUGAAAUAACUAGGAUCUCUUUUCCUGAUUCUAUUGAAGGCUGAUUCUUCAGAAAAUACACACAGCACUUUGGUAAUUUAUAGAUUUACAUUUUUACCUUUGGCUUAAAAACCGGGUCGGCGUUGUGGCAUCAUGAGUUAGAGUUGUGGUGUAGCUGGUUUGAGUCCCAGCUGCUCCACCUCCCAUCCAGCUCCCUGCUAAUGGAUCUGGAAAGGCAGCAGAAGAUGGUCCAGGUCUUUGAGUCCUUGAACCUGUGUGGGAGACCCAGAGGAAGCUCCUGGCUUUGGCCUGGCCCAGCUCUGGCCGUUGUGGCCCUCUGGGGAGUGAACCAGCAGAUAGAAGACUUCUCUAUGUGUUGCCACCUCUCUGACUCUUACGUUUCAAAUAAAUUUUAAAAACUAAAUAAAUAUCUUGAGAAAAGAAAAACAGUAUAAAAACAUCCCUUUCUGCCCUUCACAUCAACAGCUCGGGUGCUGGGGCUACAUUUUGCUAAGCUGGGUGGCUUUGUGUCUGGCUGCCUGGCUAUGACAGGGCAGAAAUGGCUACCUCACAAAAGGACUGUGAAGCUGGAGUCAUUUGUCUGAAUCAGUGUUUCUACUAGGUUGCAGUUUCUGUAAAUGGGGUCUUGAGAGGAUAGAGAAAUGUGUAGAGAUCAGAAUUGAGUUUAGAGGGGAACCAAGGAAAUGAGUGAGGGGCUGGGGAGGGGAAGCUGUGAAGACAGGGGAGCCUUGAGUUAGGAGAUGUGCCCCUUUCAGAGUGGGCACUAGCUGCCUUUCGUCUGUCUUCUCUCCAGCCCAGGCCUAUAGAGCGUAUAGCUAGACAUAAGGUAGUGCAGAAGAGAAUGCUGAAAGGAUGUGGCUGACAAGGAAAAGCCUGAAAGUUCCUCUGGAGUUCUUUAAAAACAGGAUGGCUCAAUUUGGAGCCUCGACAAAAGGGUUCUGCAGCAUUCCAGACCUCGAGCAUCGCAUCAGGAUGGGAAAAAGACGUUGUGUCCCUCCACUCGAGCCCAAGUUGGCAGCUGGCUGUUGUGGGGUCAAGAAGCCCAAACUCUCUGGAAGUGGAACGCACAGUCACGGGACCCAGUCCACAACUGUCCCCGGCUCUAGUUCAGGACCUCUUCAAAACCACCAGCAUGUGGACAGCAGCAGUGGACGGGAGAAUGUGUCGGACUUAACUCUGGGGCCUGGAAAUUCUCCCAUCACACGAAUGAAUCCCGCAUCGGGAGCCCUGAGCCCUCUCCCCCGGCCCAAUGGAACUGCCAACACCACGAAGAAUCUGGUGGUGACUGCAGAGAUGUGCUGCUACUGCUUUGAUGUACUCUACUGUCACCUCUAUGGCUUCCCACAGCCUCGACUCCCUAGAUUCACCAAUGACCCCUAUCCACUCUUUGUGACAUGGAAGACAGGGCGGGACAAGCGGCUUCGUGGCUGCAUUGGAACCUUCUCAGCCAUGAAUCUUCACUCAGGACUCAGGGAAUACACGUUAACCAGUGCACUUAAGGACAGCCGAUUUCCCCCCCUGACCCGAGAGGAGCUGCCUAAACUUUUCUGCUCUGUCUCCCUCCUUACUAACUUUGAGGAUGCCAGUGAUUACCUGGACUGGGAGGUAGGGGUCCAUGGGAUUCGAAUUGAAUUCAUCAAUGAAAAAGGCGUCAAACGUACAGCCACAUACUUGCCUGAGGUUGCUAAGGAACAAGACUGGGAUCAGAUCCAGACAAUAGACUCCUUGCUCAGGAAAGGUGGCUUUAAGGCUCCCAUCACCAGUGAAUUCAGAAAAACGAUCAAACUUACCAGGAAUAAUCACCUUGCAGUGGAGGAGUGAUUACAGUGGGAAAGAGAUGGCUCUGGGUACCGAAGUGAGAAGGUGACAAUCAGUUAUGCGGAGUAUAUUGCGUCUCGACAGCACUGUUUCCAGAAUGGCACUCUUCAUGCCCCGCCCCUCUACAAUCAUUACUCCUGACACACGGCUGCAUGACCAGUCCCACCCCCCUGUGGCCACCAAUGGCUAUGACAUCAUUGGAGCAGAUGCCUCCUCUUCCUGGUCCAGUUACUUCUAUUACUGCACCAUUUUAUGAUGCUAGCUUCCGUUGCCAAGUCUGCCUCCCGCUGACAGAGGGGGUGGGGUUACACUGAAUGAAACAGAACUUGAGGGGCCCAAGCCUUAUCUCAGCCUUUCCUCAAUAUGGGGUUCCGUUGGAUUGGGGCUCCUCCGUGACUAGUGAGAAUUACUGUGGGGGUGCGGAAGACCCUUGGCUUGUGAUUUGCCACAUGUGUUGGCCAUGUGCUGGAAGCUGGAGUUGAUGAUCCAAGAAGGCUUACCCCACACACGCCCCUGCAGCCUCCCCAGAUCAAGUAGGUGUAUUCCCCUUGGCAGUCUGGGCAACGGAGACCAACAAGAAACAUUUUUAGGUUGUUUUAAAUUCCUUUUUUUAAACUUCCAGUUUAUUGCGUACCAAGAGUUGUUCACAACCUCCAUGCUUCAUAAGUGGACGCCAUGUUAGGGUUGAACGUGGGCACCAUGAGUCCUCAGAGGCUCCUGGACAGAGACCCACAUGAAGAUCGGAAGCCCUUUGGAUGGCGUUGCAGAUCUCAUUGCUUAAUAAGCCGUGAAGGUUUUAAUUCUCAUCCCACUCUCAGUUGGACUUUCUGGCACUCUUCCUGCAUUGAGUCUCCCGGUGUUGAACAGAGCGUUGUGUAGCCUGCUGAGGAAUGGAACGGAGAUGCCCACAGGAGGUCCUGGUGUCAUCACUGCGUGCGGGUGUGAAAGGAGAGGCCUCUUCCUCACCACCCGGCUACCUCACUCCUUCACUGGUAGCAGUGCCUAUAGCUGGAUCUGGGUUCUCAAAAGCGUAGAUGUGCAGAUAAGUGGCUGGGUUGGGUUUAGGAAGACCCAUUGUUGUAGGCGAGAAUUGGCAGUCUCCUUUUCAGACAUAUAUCCUGAGGGACCUUGAAGCAGGGGAGUUCCUCUUCCAGUUUGCCUGUAGAAGUGGGAAGACUGUUGAUCUUGUCCUUGACGGGGCUUCAGAACAGAGCCGUGUAGUUGAAGGUGAAUCUGUCUGGCCUGACGUGCUGGGGAUCUUUACCCCACCAGGGCAGAUUUCCAGAUAGCUCAUUUCACUCUGGGUCAUUCAAACUUCCUGUGACAUGUUUCCCUUUCUCAUUGUUGCUGAUUUCCAAAUAGCUGUCAGCAAGUUUCUCCUCCCUUUUACCUACACUUCACUCACUGGUGGCAGAGUUCAUAGAACUAGGGACCUUGGGCAAUGCUUGGAAAAUACUGGCACAGAGGCACUGCUAAUGUGAUGAUCACAGGAACAGGUGGCCAGUUGGAAUAAAGGAUCCUAAGAAUGGUGACACACUAGUUUUCAGCACCAUGCUUAGAGAACUCUUAGAGUAGGUUGGGUGUCAACCCAGUGAGCACAAGUUAUGAUUUAAUUUAUUUUGUGAAGUUUAUGUGGCAACAGUGUGGCUUUCUGAAAUGGGCAGAUGAAUUCAAGUUGAGAGAUCUUUUGCAUUUUCUUCUACCAGGACUGGGGGAGCGAGCAAGGCACAGUCUGAGGAAGGACGCGUGUGCUGUCCUAGGUGUUGCUGCUGGCUUCCUGGGAAGCAGUGGGUGAGGGUGGAGAGGUCCGCUUGAGGCCCUGGAAUGUGGGUGACAUGAGGGUGCCCAGGCCAUUGCUGUGCUGGGCUCCCGCAGCCUGCCACAUUUCCCUUGCACUGUAAACGAAGGUGAAGGGGUCAUUUCCUGAUUUCCUGCUGCUGAGAACAAAUGUCUUGUUAUGAACAGAUGUGACAACAGUUACUCUUAGGUGCCAUGGUUGAUGUCAGGGUGGUCAGCUCUGGACCAAGCCACCCACCUCCAAUUUGUACAACAGUAUUGAUACAUAGGGCUACACUCAUUACUGUUCAAGCGUUCUGUGUUAAAAGUUGUGUUUAAUUUCUAAAGAUUAAAAAAAGCAAAAAAAAUGGUGCUAAACUUCCCCCCCUGAGCACGCUCAGUGAGACUGGUCAUGCAAGCAUUUACAGUGCCAUGCUCCUCAAGCCUCUUUUCUUGUAGAAUUGUUGCCCUAUUUUGUCUUUCCCAGUGUAUAAUAUUUUUUUUUAAUUUUAUUAAGGGUAGGGUAGGAUACCUUGCCAUUUAAGAAAAUGAACAGAAAAUUUUAAAACCCAAGAAAUGGGGAAAAAAAAUCAGUGCACAAGAAUCGGGCUGGUGAAGCCCAGCACCACACUGCAGUGGGCUCAGUGGCUUUGGCGUGAAGAAGCCUUACUCCCUGCACAUUCCCUCAUGCUCCCACACAAGUCCAGCAGUGGAAACACUGGAAGGCCUCCUGCCUCGGCAAGGCACUCAGGAGGUGGCCCAGCCAAACUAUCUGGCCCCGUGAGGAACGGGUACGGUCAGGGUCCUCCCUGAACAGGGCCCAGUCAGGAAGCAGUCUGGAAGUGCACGGUCAUGCUCAUCUCACGAGAACGUGUGGCAGAUGGCUCUCAGGAAAAGACCACGUCUGGAUCACCCAUGUGGCAGCUUUGCAUAGGAAAGUGACAGCUCCUAACUGGGACUGAACUGCCUGCCACACACGUGACCAAAGCAGCGAUGAGGGUGGCAGGGUUAGGGAGAACAAAGUGUUUCCUGCUGAGUGUUUUCCUUCAUCCCUGGGCUGCUCAGGCCAAACAGUAGGUAACCACUGUUGUCGAGGAGCCGGCACACCUCUGCUGGCUUGCUUUGGAGUCGGUCUCACCCCUAGCUGUGAGUGCCUUUUGGUCUGGAAAGUUGGCUCGUCUCAUCAUACCCACAGCUAGGACAUUCUCUCCCUGUAAUUAUGAAUUGUCCUUGUUUUACAUUAACUACAAGAGAAUGUCUUUGAUCCCUAGAGUUUGUCGGUGUUGGAUUGUUUCCACUGUGCGGUUCUUAAAACUUUUUCGCUUCAUAAUAUUAAAACAACUCAUGUUAGAGACCCUUUCCACGUGGAAGGUUCAUAGUUGAGACAUUACAUAUAUUUUGUUGUUUAUAAUAAAAAUCAUCUAUACAGAAGAAGUCCUGGGUGUUAAUUUCAGUACUUUGCACAAGAUCUGUUUUCCAUGAUGUGUUAACAUCUACAACUUCACUAAGUGUUGGUGUUAUUUUCUAUCGAGACUUCUGGAGCCUAGGGAGCUAUGUGUUCUUUUUGUUGUUUGUUUUCUUACUUCCCUGAAGCAAGAGACUGGCCUUCAGUGCAAAGACUUCAGACCAAUUCUUUGUAUUACACUUGGUUGCCUCUUGGCUAUUUAACUUCUGAGUGCAAAUCAUUGAACUCUUUAACGAAGUAUUGUAGAGAAUAAAUCAUAAUGGGUAAA